AUGCCAAAGUCACUGAAGGUCAGGGACGCGGCCUCCCGCCUUGCGCUUGUUGAAUUUCUUGUUGACAAGCGUGUGCGGUUUCUGGAGUACCUGCGUUCGCUGCACCAGGACGAGGUGCUGUGGAUGGGGACCGUGCGGCUCACCCGCGCGGACGUUGUGCGCUGCUUCCGAGGCCGUGCGGAGCGCCACGGGGAGUCCUGCGCCGCCGAGUACCGCCUGCCCGCCACCGACGCGACCGCGACGCAGCAGGCGACGACGCGGUCCUCGUCCUCCUCUGCCGAGGACCACGCCGAGGACGUCGUCGUGUCGGUGGGGCCCAUUGCCGGCGUCCCACACACCGUGGACGCGGCGUGGCUCUCGACGCGCAUGCCCUGCUACGUCUGCCUCGCCAUGUCGCUGGCGGACAUUUUGCAUGUUCCGCUUUCUGUGUCGGAGUUUGUGGAUCGCGUGUAUGCCAUGCUGCUGGAGGUGGCCGUCAUGUUUGGCGCCGGCACCACUGCCAAGGCGCUCGCGCGGCGCAACCUGCGCAGCUACCGACAGCAGCAGCUCCAGCAACAACCCGCGUUCCUCACAGACGGUGCCUCGUCGUUCGUCGCCGGCAACAACCACAACAGUAGCAACGCGAGCACUAGCGGCGGGGGUCUGUUGGGGGCCAUGGGCGGCGUCGGCGGGGGCCUCUUCCUGCUUGGGGCCUCCGACGCCGACACCCCUGUGAAGUACUUUUACCUGAACCUCGAGCACCGCGCCUACAUGACACCGGCAGAGGCGCGCUACGAGGAGGUGGUUGUCCCGCUCUGCUCCCUGCUCACCCUCACCUACCGCCGGCUCGGCGACUACGAGGUGGCCAACAGCGAGGAGACCGUGAAGCGUGUUUUGUCUAUUGAUCGUCGUCUGCAGCACGUAUUUUUCUCCGCCAUCAGUAAAGAAUUGGGGAAGAUUGCGCGUGGCAAGCUGCUGCAGCAGACCCUGCUGCUCUCGACCAGCGGCCUCUUCGGCAGCCUUGGCAGCACCACCCACGACAACACGCCAGGGCUUUUGCGUGACCUGCUCGGACCCUCCGCGGGCGUCGUGCCCCCCGCAGGGGCGUCAGCGCAGAGUAGCACGGCCACCGGCACCGCGGGGGCCGGGAUGCCUGAAAUCUUUCUCGGCGACUCGGAGGAGGAGUUGGAGGAGGACGAGGAGGACGAGGAUGAGGUGUAG